UAGAAAUCAUGGAGUUUAACAUCCCAUCAACACUCAUACCUCUAAUCCCCUUUCUCCUUUUCCUCUACAUAUUCCUCAAAUCUCAAACAAUCUCAAAAUCAGCAAAGACUUACUCACACUUCCCCGGCCCCAAACCCCUCCCUCUCAUCGGAAACCUCCACCUCAUGCUCCGCGCCUCCUCCGGCCCCCACCGCCUCUUCCGUUCCCUCGCUGCCAAACACGGCCCCCUGAUGCACCUCCAGCUCGGCGAGCUCCACUUCCUCCUCGUCUCCUCCACCGAAUUCGCGAAGCAAGUGAUGAAAAGUCACGACACCAACUUCGCCAACCGCCCUCUGAUGAUGGCGACGGAGGAGCUGGCCUACGACUCCAGCAGCGUCGUCUUCUCCCCCUACGGAGACUACUGGCGCCACCUGCGGAAGAUCUGCACCGUCGAGCUUUUCAGCGCUCGGCGCGUGCGGUCCUUCCGCAGCAUAAGGGAGGAAGAAGUCACGAGCAUGUGCAAUUGGAUCGCUUCUCGCGAGGGCUCGUCGAUUGAUCUCUCGGAGAGGCUUUACAUGUCGUCGUACGACGUCAUCGUGAGGGCGGCCGUGAAUAAGGCCAAAACCAAGCAGCGUGAGAUGAUGAUUUCUAUUAUCACGGAAUCGACAAAGUUAGGUACGGGAUUCAUGAUGGCGGAUCUCUAUCCAUCAGUCAAAUUGCUGCCGUUGAUCACCGGAGCCCGGUUCAGGAUCCGAUGGUUACGCCGCAAAAUAGAUCAGGUGCUUGAUGGCAUCAUCGAGCAGCAGAGAGCAGCAGCUGAUGAUGCCGAGUUCGAAGAUUUCUUGGAUAUUCUCCUCAAAUAUGAAAAAGAUGGAACUUUGACUACAGACAAUGUCAAAGCAGUGUUACUGAAUAUAUUACUUGGAGGAACUGACACGUCAGCAUCUACUAUAGAAUGGGCAAUAUCGGAGCUGAUAAGAAACCCUAGCAAACUCAGCAAAGCCCAACUAGAAGUCAGAAAGGUUUUUGACAAAGAGGGAUCAUAUGUAGACGAAGACAAGUUGGAUGAGCUAAAAUACAUCAAAUUAAUUAUCAAAGAGACUUUGAGAUUGCACCCACCGGCCCCACUUUUAGUCCCUAGAGUGAACUCGCAAAGAUGUGAAAUCAAUGGGUACGAAAUCCCAACAAAAACCAGAGUGAUAGUGAAUGCAUGGGCAUUGGCGAGAGACCCCAAGUAUUGGAACGAUCCAGAGAAGUUUAUACCAGAGAGAUUCGAAGAAAGCUCCAUCGAUUUCAACGGGAGCAAUCUCGAAUACAUACCCUUUGGUGCGGGAAGGAGAACGUGUCCCGGCAUGUUGUUGGGGCAGGCAAAUAUGGAACUUCCUCUUGCUAUGCUUCUCUAUCAUUUUGAUUGGGAAAUUCCAAAUGGGAUGAAAGCAGAAGAAUUGGAUAUGACCGAGGGCCUUGGCUCCACUCUUCAUAGGAAACACCAUUUGCUUUUGAUUCCCAUUGUUAAGCGACCUUUGUGAGCACAUGCUUGAUUAAUUUAGGAACCUUUAGUUUAAGUGAUAGUAUAACUUAUCUUAAAUAAAUGUUGGAAAAUAAGACACACUAAUAAAAGAAAUCAAGUAGAAGUUUUUUUUAUACUGCGUCUUAUUUUUAAAAAAUGUAAUUUAAGAAUAAUUUUCGAAAAAUAAAUAUUUUUGUGAUAAUAUUAGUAUGUCUUUAUUCCCAAAAAUAUGUUGUGUGAGCAUAAUUUAUUGCUCCAUUAUACAUGCUUCUAGUUAAACCUUUGCGUUCGGCGGCUUGACUAAUUAAUACGGGCAUUAUUUAUUCCAAGUUGUUGAUUAUUGGGCUGGUUAAUGGGUGGACUAUUAUUUGUGUUGGGCCUUGGUUUAUUUCGGCCCAGACAGUUUGGGACUGUGUGUUGCCCUAGCCCACACCACUUGAGAUAUACUCUCCUCACUCCAUCCG